CGUGCUCCGGGUAGCGCGGGCGCAGGGCACGCAUUCGCGCAUACCGGCGCUCACACGAAAACGCACAAGAGCUGAACCGAGACGGGUCUCCAUUUCAAGAAAGGAGACAGUCUCCGCUGCGACUGUAGAAGAGACCGACCGCGGUGUGAAUUGGGGACUGGGAGGCGUCGAGCGGCGGAACAGUCCAUCUCCGAGACUAAUUUUCUGGAGUUUCUGCCCCUGCUCUGCGUCAGCCCUCACGUCACUUCGCCAGCAGUAGCAGAGGCGGCGGCGGCGGCGGCGGCGGCUCCCGGAAUUGGGUUGGAGCAGGAGUCUCGCUCGCUCCCUCGCUCGCACUCUCGGCGCUCAGUGCCCAGCGCCAGAAGGAGCCUAGACCCAGGCGCCGCCGGAAGGCGGUAGGCGCCGGAGCCCCGACCCGAGGUGCGUCCAGGAUCCCCGUGCGCGUCUAGCGAGGAGCCUGCGCCCCAGAAUCCGGGAGCGCCGCCGGCGGCUGCCCGGCGUGCGGGCCAUGCUGCGGAGGCAGAGGAGGAGCUCCGAGCGGCGGUAGCGCCCUCUGUGAGGCGGCCGGGGAUGCCCCGGCCACUGUGAGCGGCGCUGCCCGCCAGGACACGCUCAGCCCCGGCACGCUCCGCUCCGAGGGCCCGCCACCGACACCGAGCAGAGAGCUGCGAGCGCGGCCAAGACUGCCCGGCACGGGCACGGAGCCGGCCGGCCGGUGCGGCGCAGAGACACGCACUGUCUGCCUGGGGCUGGCAUUGCGGCCAGGGAUGUCGUCCUGGACAAGGUGGCAUGGACCCGCCAUGGCACGGCUCUGGGGCUUCUGCUGGCUGGUCGUGGGCUUCUGGAGGGCCGCUCUCGCCUGUCCCACGUCCUGCAAAUGCAGCGCCUCUCGGAUCUGGUGCAGCGACCCUAUUCCUGGCAUCAUGGCAUUUCCGAGAUUGGAGCCUAACACUGCAGACCCUGAGAACAUCACCGAAAUUUACAUUGCAAAUCAAAAAAGGUUAGAAAUAAUCAACGAAGAUGAUGUUGAAGCUUACGUGGGACUGAAAAAUCUGACAAUUGUGGAUUCUGGAUUAAAAUUUGUGGCUCAUAAAGCAUUUCUGAAAAACAGCAACUUACAGCACAUCAAUUUUACGCGAAAUAAACUGACGAGUUUGUCUAGGAAACAUUUCCGUCACCUUGACUUGUCUGAACUGAUCUUGGUGGGCAAUCCAUUCGCAUGUUCCUGUGAUAUUAUGUGGAUCAAGACUCUCCAGGAGACUAAAUCCAGUCCAGAAACUCAGGAUUUGUAUUGCCUAAAUGAAAGCAGCAAGAAUAUCCCCCUGGCGAACCUGCAGAUCCCCAAUUGUGGUUUGCCGUCAGCAAACCUGGCCGCCCCUAACCUCACUGUGGAGGAAGGAAAGUCUAUCACCUUAUCUUGUACCGUGGAGGGCGAUCCAGUUCCGAGUUUGUACUGGGAUGUCGGUAAUCUGGUUUCCAAACACAUGAAUGAAACAAGCCACACACAGGGCUCCUUAAGGAUAACUAACAUUUCAUCUGAUGACAGUGGAAAGCAAAUCUCUUGUGUGGCAGAAAAUCUUGUAGGAGAAGAUCAAGAUUCUGUGAACCUCACUGUGCAUUUUGCUCCAACUAUCACAUUUCUCGAAUCUCCAACCUCAGACCACCACUGGUGCAUUCCAUUCACUGUGAAAGGCAACCCCAAACCAGCGCUUCAGUGGUUCUAUAACCGGGCAAUACUGAAUGAGUCCAAAUACAUCUGCACUAAAAUCCAUGUUACCAAUCACACGGAGUACCAUGGCUGCCUCCAGCUGGAUAACCCCACUCACAUGAACAAUGGGGACUACAAGUUAGUUGCCAAGAAUGAGUAUGGGAAGGAUGAGAAACAGAUUUCUGCUCACUUCAUGGGCUGGCCUGGUGAUGACGGUGCAGAUCCAAAUUAUCCCGAGGUAAUUUAUGAAGAUUAUGGGACUACAACGAAUGACAUCGGGGACACCACAAACAGAAGUAACGACAUUCCUUCUACAGAUGUUGCUGACAAAAGUGGUCGGGAGCAUCUCUCGGUUUAUGCUGUGGUGGUAAUUGCAUCUGUAGUGGGAUUUUGUCUGCUGGUAAUGCUGUUUCUGCUGAAGUUGGCAAGACACUCCAAGUUUGGCAUGAAAGAUUUCUCAGGGAUUGGAUUUGGGAAAGUAAAAUCAAGACAAGGUGUUGGCCCAGCUUCAGUUAUCAGCAAUGAUGAUGACUCUGCCAGCCCACUCCACCACAUCUCCAAUGGGAGUAAUACCCCAUCAUCUUCAGAGGGUGGCCCCGAUGCUGUCAUUAUUGGAAUGACCAAGAUCCCUGUCAUUGAAAAUCCCCAGUACUUUGGCAUCACCAACAGUCAGCUCAAGCCAGACACAUUUGUUCAGCACAUCAAGCGACACAACAUUGUUCUGAAAAGGGAGCUAGGCGAAGGAGCCUUUGGAAAAGUUUUUCUAGCUGAAUGCUAUAACCUCUGUCCUGAGCAGGACAAGAUCUUGGUGGCAGUGAAGACGCUGAAGGACGCCAGCGACAACGCGCGCAAGGACUUCCACCGCGAGGCCGAGCUGCUCACCAACCUGCAGCACGAGCACAUCGUCAAGUUCUACGGCGUCUGCGUGGAGGGCGACCCGCUCAUCAUGGUCUUUGAGUACAUGAAGCACGGGGACCUCAACAAGUUCCUCAGGGCACACGGACCCGACGCCGGGCUGAUGGCUGAAGGCAACCCGCCGACGGAGCUGACGCAGUCGCAGAUGCUGCACAUCGCCCAGCAGAUCGCCGCGGGCAUGGUCUACCUGGCGUCCCAGCACUUCGUGCACCGAGACCUGGCCACCCGCAACUGCCUGGUCGGCGAGAACCUGCUGGUGAAAAUCGGGGACUUUGGCAUGUCCCGGGAUGUGUACAGCACUGACUACUACAGGGUCGGAGGCCACACAAUGCUGCCCAUUCGCUGGAUGCCUCCGGAGAGCAUCAUGUACAGGAAGUUCACCACAGAAAGUGAUGUCUGGAGCCUGGGGGUCGUGUUGUGGGAGAUCUUCACGUAUGGCAAACAGCCCUGGUACCAGCUGUCCAACAACGAGGUGAUAGAAUGCAUCACUCAGGGCCGCGUCCUGCAGCGACCUCGAACAUGCCCCCAGGAGGUCUACGAGCUGAUGCUGGGAUGCUGGCAGCGAGAGCCCCACAUGAGGAAGAACAUCAAGGGCAUCCACACUCUCCUUCAGAACUUGGCCAAGGCAUCUCCGGUCUAUCUGGAUAUUCUGGGCUAGGGCUCUUUCCCCCAGACCGAUCCUUCCCAAAGCACCUCCUCAGACGGGCCGAGAGGAUGAGCGUCUUUUAACUGCUGCUGGAUGCCAUCAAUCUGCUGUUCUGUACUCCGACAGUAUUAACAACAGAGACACCAAGAAGCUUUCAGAGGGAAGCAACGUGUGCUUGUCCAUCCGCAGACACAGUAUGGACUUCUUUUUGGCAUUCUCUCUUUCUCUCUUUCCAUCUCCCUUGGUUUGUUCCCCGGUUUCUUUUUCGUUUUGGGUUUUUUCUUUUCCGUCUUCCCCGCUCCACAGUCCUCGCCCUUUCGUUUUCAGUCGAUCUGGCUUCUGCAUUACUCUUAACUCCGCAUAGACAAAGGCCUUAACAAACCUAAUUUGUUAUAUCAGCAGACGCUCCAGUUUGCCCACCACGACUAACAAUGCCUUGUUGUAUUCCUGCCUUUGAUGUGGAUGAAAAAAAGGGAAAACAAAUAUUUGACUCAAACUUUGUCACUUCUGCUGUACAGACAUGGAGAGUUCCUAUGGAUUCACCUCUAGUUAUUUAUUAUUACUGUUCUUAUUGUUUUGGGAUGGCUUAAGCCUGGGUAUGAAAAAAGAAAACUUGUGUUCAAUCUGGGGAGGACUUUAAUUAUGGGAAGUUAAAACCAGAGAGAAAGAAGAUUCAUUAUGAACCACAAUAUGGGAGGAACAAAGACAACCAUGGGGAUCAGCGGGCAUCAGUCCCUACUUAGGAAAAUCCCAGCAACUGUUAGCUGGGAGGAAUGUAUUCAGCACCUUCCCUUGAGGACCUUUCUGAGGAGUAAAAUGACUGUUGAACUCUGUGGCAUGGACUAUUCACUUCUACUCUAGAGUGUAGUAGAGAGAAAUGGUGGCUCCGUGAGACACGAGAUGGCACCUCACACGCUCAGUCUUGUCUUUGUAGGUCGCGGUAACAGCACUGGUUUGUUUCUCCAAGUGUUACCCAAUGAUCCUUUGUCAAGUUCUGUUGAAAGUAGGUGGUUUCUUGUCCAGAGAUCAUUUCAGGGCCAGGUAGGAAAGCC